AAAAAAAAUGUUAUUACGGGUUGUUUUUGUAACAUGUAUCGUGAGCCACCCUACACUUGAGAGAAAUAGCGAGUUUGUUUUAUAAAAUAUUUGUAUUUAACGGCGAUCUAAGAAGACCGUUACAGUGGUUCAUUAUACAAUCAAUGUUUUACAAAAAUAUGAAUCAAAAAGUAAAUUGUUUUUAAGGUUCUUUCAAUUUGUUGUAACUUAAAGUGUUUAUUGAUAGUAUGGACGGAUAGAAAAGGUCCUCAGGAUUAAAAAAUGUAUAAACAUAAACCCGCACCUACAAGUAGUUUUUAAGAUAUUUGUAUUUGAAGUUCAAAAAUUGUAAAAGUAUUGCACGCUACUUCACUAUACUAAACUACUAUUCUGAGGCGGGUAUUUCUGUAUACAUUUUUUAAUCUUGAGGAAUAAUAUAGAGGAGAGUCCAUAACAUCAGAUCACGGCGCCAAAUAAAUGGUAAAUUUCCUUUUUAAAAAGCCAAUACCAAGAGCAGAGAAUGUAGAUUAUAUUUUACAUUAUUUGUCAAGAGUCCUCAUUUUCUAUACCACAUUAUUUAUAAGUGCUUACAAGUUACACAUUCCUUCCACUCCCUCAACAGCUGUUCGUUGUAUUUCCAUUGGUUUGUUAUUAUUGCGACAAUAACCUAUUCCUUUUGCAAAGUAUAGAUUUGUGCAUUUGAUACUUUUAAAAAUAAACAUAAAUUUGUAAUAGUUUGCAUAUGAGGAUGUGAAAAAUGCAACGUUUAAUUAUAAAACGUUUACUAGGAACUAUGACAUCACUCAAGCCAAUUAUUGCUGCAAUCCCGAAAUACGGAGUUGGCACACAGCCUUUCACCGUCCUAAUUGAAGGCAAUAUUGGAAGUGGAAAGACUACAUUCAUCGAACAUUUUCAAAAGUUUGAAGAUAAAGUAUGCACCAUGACGGAGCCGGUUGAGAAAUGGCGUAAUUUUAAGGGAUACAAUUUAUUGGAACUAAUGUAUACUGAUCCGAACCGUUGGGCAAUGCCGUUUCAAUCUUAUGUGAUGCUGACAAUGUUGGAGCGGCAUACCAUGACUACAGACAAACCAAUUAAGAUCCUCGAACGCUCUCUAUACAGUGCAAAGUACUGUUUCGUUGAGAAUUUACACAAAAGUGGCCUUAUACAUGAUGGCAUGUAUGAAAUAUUGAAAGAGUGGUAUAAUUAUGUCGAAGAGAUUACCCACAUACAAGCCGAUUUAAUAAUUUAUUUGCGUACAACGCCUGAUGUGGUUUAUGAACGUAUACGAAAACGGGCUCGUUCCGAAGAGACAUGCGUGCCUUUUGAGUAUAUCAAGCAGUUGCACGAACUUCAUGAAGACUGGUUGAUUCGAAAAAAAGUGGGAUGUAAUAUUAAAGUACUAGAAAUUGAGGCAGAUUUAGAUCUCUCUGAAAUCGAUCGAGAAUACAAACGAUCGGAAAAUGUAAUUACAGCUUCAAUACAACAACAAAGACCAGCAGUGACGACAUCUCCCAGUAAACGCUCAGAUUUUUGGGGUUAGAUUAAUUAACUAGCAUUUUAGCUUAAUUUCUCAACAUUCUAACGUAUUUAGCAGUUGUAAUCAUCACUAGUUAUAUUUUCUUCAUACUUUUUAAAAUUGCAAACACAUCUAUUAUAACUUUAAUGUAAAUGUAUUUAUACUAUUAUAGACAUGUAAGAAUGAUGUGCAUUUUAAGUUAAAAUAUAUAUUUGACUAGUAUAAAUAACAAGUGUAAAAA